AUGGAUGUCCUCAAUACCGCGAGCUCGGGCGCUCAGAUUGCUGGCAGUUUCAAGAAACGGUCGCGCUUCUUCUCCUCUAGGGCUUUGAGCAGCGCUAUCGAACAUUUACCAGAUGUCAACACGGGUCGUCUCAGGAUUGAGAAAUAUGCAGUAUGGGCCAUCUUAAUACCAUUCAACCUUUUCAUAAUGUACAUGUUCGCAGACUGGGCAAAGUAUUCCUGGGUCCUCUUUCCGAACCUAAUUUUUCGAGCCGUUGUGGAUUUUAUCGAAAUCACCAUGGUCAUCCAUGCCCUCAUUCGAAAGCGAUUGAACCCGCCUCAAAUCAAGAUCCCCGCGACACCGGAGAGCUUGGUCUACCUGCUUUGCUGCUACAACGAGUCGUAUGAGGAGAUGAUGAAUUCGCUAGUUUCGCUGGCCGAGCAGCAGUCGCUGGAUGAUCACAAGAAGGCUAUUGUCGUAGUUUGCGAUGGUCGUGUUAGCUGCAAGGGCAUGACCAAGACGACUUCCGCCCAUCUCAAAGAAGAUAUUGUUGAGCGCCCGACUAGCACGUUCAUGAAUGAAGCGUACACGGCCUGGGACGACGGCCCAAUGGACAUUGAAAUCAUCAAGGGUGAAUUCCGAGGUCUUCCAAUCAUCUGCGUUAUCAAGAACGAGAACCGCGGCAAACGAGAUGGCAUCAUUCUCAUCCGGACGUUCCUGAACAAAUUCAAUCAGCGCAAGGCAAACCCCGAUUUGAAGAUGAUCUCGCCCAAGCUCUUUGCCGAGCUCUCAGGCUUCCUCGAGACCCAAUCCAUCCAGAAAGUGGACUACGCUCUUGGAAUAGACGCAGACACCCGAUUCGACACCAAAUGCGUCCACAACCUGAUGCAGACCGCAAGAGAAGGCGAUGAGAUUGUGGGAGUAACCGGCUACAUUCGACCCGACCCGAUUGCUUUGGGAGGCUGGACCAUUUCGUAUCUCUACCAGAACGCCGAGUACAUGGUUGGCCAGCAUCGGCGUCGCCUGCGUCAGAGUCUCACAAGUGGAAAGGUGACUUGCCUGCCUGGCUGCUGUCAACUCCUGCGAGUCUGCGAGGAGACAAUGGGCGACUUCAUCCUGGGGAAAUUCGGUUACUAUCCCAAAGCUUCCGAUGGUCUCUUCCGUACAGUUCGUUCCAUGAUGAGCGAGGACAGAGACCACGUCUGUCUCGUCAUUGCACACUACGCCCACGUCCGGACGCGUGUGAACCUCAGUGCGCGAGCGUACACUACAGCACCGAAUACUCCUUCGGUGUUCGUCAGUCAACGCCGUAGAUGGACACUGGGGCCGCUCACAAGCGAUAGUCUCCUCCUCAGCCGCAGAUCGACGGGCUGGAUGGAGAGAGCUUCUGCUUUGGCUUCCUUGACGCAUUGGGUGCAGAACCCAGCACUUCUUAUCUCGCGGUUCUUCCGUGACCUGGACGAUCGGACCAUAUUUUAUAUCGUGGCUUUCGAGUACUACCGACGCGUCUUCGACUUAAUGGUCACCCUCAUAUCGUGCGAUUCGUUCAUCGAUGUUGUCCAGACGGUCAUUGGCUGCGUUGCCUAUACCUGGUCCGCGGCCUACGUCAACGUCUGCACGCAGUUCUACACGCUGUGGAGGAUGGACGAUUUCCGGUGGGGCAAGACGCGCAUAGCGGUUGCGGGUAAAGAAGAGAAGACGCACACGGGGUAG